AUGCCAGAUAUAAAUGAACCCAACGGCUUGUUUACUGAAGGCAGAGGAACAACAACCUUCACUGAGCUCCCACCAUGUUCCCAAAUUCAUCACAAUUAUUCCAAUGAGGUGAAGGCUGCCGUCAACUGCCUGGCCAACCUGCAUCUGCGGGCCUCGUACACCCACCUCUCUCUGGGUUUCUAUUUUGACUGUGUCAACGUGGCUCUGGAAGUUAUGGGCCACUUAUUACAAGAGUUGGCUGAGAAGAAGCGCAAGGGCACUAUGCAGCUCUUAAAGCUGCAAAACCAAUGCAGCGGCCGUGUUCUCUUCCAGGACAUGCUGAAGCCCUCCCAAGAUGAGUGGAGUAAAACUCAGGACGCCAUGGAAGCCACCUUGGCCUUGGAGAAGGACCUGAACCAAGCCCUUUUGCACCUGCAUGCCCUGGGUUCUGCCCACACAGACCCUCAUCUCUGUGACUUCCUGCAGAACCACUUCCUGGAUGAGGAGGUAAAACUCAUCAAGAAAAUGGGCAACCCCCAUUUCCUUGCCCAGGCUAGGAUGGGCAAGUAUCUCUUUGAAAGUCUCAUUCUCAAGCAUAACUAA